AUGAUGUUGAGAUCACUAUUAUUGAUUGCGACUUGUGCCAGCUCGGCCAAUGCCUUUGUUCCAGCCGUUCCUAAUGCUGCCAGAACUCUUGCCAGCACUCCGCUCCAAGCAACUGCCUUGGAAACCAGCAAGGUUGACGACUUGAUCCAGGCCAACAGUGCCACCAUCAAAGAGUUGAGUAAAAUUGCUCCUGACUUUGCCGAGAUUGACUUGCUCCGCUUUGCUAUGGGUUUCGAUUCCAAGAAAGAAGCAGCCGACUCUCUCAGGGAAGCUAUCAAGUACAGAUCGGGAAAUGGAAAGGCUGUCGUUGAGGCUGCCCAAAAAGCGUACGCCGAGGCCACUGCCGAAGGAGGAUGGAACAACGAUGUGGUCCGUGAUAGUGCUCCCCAUGCAUCCGUGAUCAACAAGUUCAUCACGGAAAAGAACAUCAUUUCUGUAUCUACCAAAGAAGGCAAUCUGGUGUACAUUAUUCGUGCGUCCCUCAUUGACGACAAAAAAUUGAUGCAAGCCGUCUCGGUCAAGCAAAUGGAAGAGUUCUUCAUGUAUGUUAAGGAGGUUCACAACCUGGUUGCCAAUGACCGCUCGAUCAAAAGUGGAAAAUUGUCGCAAGUCAUCUUUGCCAACGAUAUCAAGGGCGUCCGCAAGCCUCCGGAUUCCGACUUCUCCAAGGCUUUGACCGAGUCUUCCAACCAAUACUCCAAAUAUUAUCCUUACUUGGCUGGACCCACCAUGAUUACCAACCUUCCAUUCGUCUUGCAAGCCUUUGUCGGUCUUAUCAAGCCACUCUUUCCCAAGGCGGUCCAAGAUCGUCUCAAGUUUGUCCGUGCGCCUGUUUUGGGUGGAAUUAAGGAAUUGACUCCCAUCGCCAGGGAUCCUGCCACCAAGAAGGCUUUUUUGGAUGAGAUUGACAAGCUUCUUCGAUAA